AUGACCGUCUUAAAUGUGGCCCCGGUGCCCCCGGAUGAGAUCUUCGCUUUGAACCGUGCGUAUACCAAUGACGACCAUCCCCAGAAGGUCAACCUCGGUGUAGGCGUCUACCGCACCAACGAAGGCAAGCCUUGGCCGCUGCCUGUCGUCCAGGAAGCAGAAAAGCAGCUUCUGGCCGAGAACAGCCUCUUCCGCCAUGAAUACACAGCCAUCGAGGGCGAUAUUGCCUUCCUCCCACUAGCGCGGGACCUGAUGUUCGGCUUCGAUGCUCAGAACCCAACCCCCGCGCAAGAAGCCCUGCAAGCACGCAUUGGCACCGUGCAGACCGUUGCAGGCACCGGCGCAAACCACCUAGGCGCUCUCUUCCUCUCCACACACAUGAAGCCCCGAACCGUGUGGCUCUCCAACCCGUCCUGGGCCAACCACCUCACCAUCUGGGAGCUCGCCGGCGUGCCCCGCAAAACCUACCCUUACUACUCCGCGGCAACCCGCUCCUUCGAUUUCACAGGCAUGAUGUCCACUCUGGAGUCCGAAGCCCAGGAAGGCGACGUCAUCCUCCUCCACGCCUGCGCCCACAAUCCCACCGGCCUCGACCCAAACAAAGAACAAUGGAAAGCCAUCGCCGAUCUCUGCGAUCGCAAGCGCAUCUUUCCCUUCUUCGACUCCGCAUACCAAGGGUUCGCCUCCGGCUCGGCCGACGAAGACGCCUGGGCCGUCCGCUACUUCCUCACCGAAAAGCCGCACAUGGAGAUGUGCGUCGCCCAGAGCUUUUCCAAGAACUUCGGCCUAUACGGUCAGCGUGUCGGCGUAUUCCACUACGUGCUCAACGAGGGCUCCGAGGACCUCCGCGACGUCGUCGUCAAUAACCUCUGCCACUUGAUUCGCGGCGAGUACUCAAUGGGCCCCACGGCAGGCUGCAACAUCGUCAAGAAGGUGCUCACCAGCCCCGAGCUCACGGCCCAAUGGCACGAGGAGCUCAAAAUCAUGAGUUCCCGCAUUAUCUCCAUGCGCAAGGCGCUCUACGAUGAGCUCGUUCGACUCGAGACUCCAGGAACCUGGAAACAUAUUGUCGAACAGAUCGGUAUGUUCUCCUACACCGGCUUAACUCCCGCGCAAGUGUACGCCCUCAAGGACAAAUACCACAUUUACCUACUCAAAUCCGGAAGAGCCUCGAUCAGCGGCUUGAGCCCAAAGAACGUAACCUACGUAGCUCGAGCAGUUGACGAUAUUGUGAGAAACACCAACUAA